AUGGCAUGUUUGCAGGAAGAUGCUAUCCCGAGCCCUUCAAGCAGUUGCGACGUGGCUGAUGUCACGAUUGCCGUUCCUCAAGCGGUGCGGGGAAGAUAUCAGUUCGAUCAAAGUAAUAGAACGGCAUCCUUUGGAAUGAUGGCCGACAGCUACGAAAUGCAGGAGAUGGUGAAAGAAUUCUCGACUGGUGGAUCCCGGCGAGAAUCGGUGGCCGGAGCGAAGAUCGGGUUGAAAAAAUACGUGGAGGAAGAAGACGUCAAGGAAACCAUGGUGUCGAAAACUGUGCGUUUGUUCACAGGCCCGGACAUCAACAAAGAAGUCCCAGAUGUAGACGACAGUUUGCUCAGCAAGGCUCGCCGCGUCGCCACGGACUUUGCCGGGUGGUGGGAUUCGUUGAAAGAGCCAGAACGCGUUGGUUCUACACACAGAGCGCUAGAAUCCAGAUGGUUCCGGGUGACGUCUGCAAUGGUUAUUGUCAUCAACGCAAUUGUCGUGACCUGGUUGACCGACUGGAGCCUGCAAAACACUGGCCGAAAUAUGCCUCCGGGUUUCGAAGUUGUCGACCUCGCGUUCUUGCUUUUCUACGCGGCGGAGAUCGGGAUGAAGUUUUAUGUGCACAGAGGAUAUUACUUCGCUAACGAGAAUGCGGCUUGGAACAUCUUCGACCUGAUAUUGGUUAUUUUUUCUUCCUUUGAUGUUGCUGCCAAUUGGCCCUCGAGCUCCGAUGACGAAGCCCCUCCGAACAACUUGGGCUACAUGCUUUCCCUGUACAUGGCGGUGACAGGAGGGAACGAUUGGUCGGUCUACUACGAGGCCACCCUCGCCAUGGGCUCCUUCUAUCCUGUGGUAUUCCUGUCUUACACCUUCUUCUUCAUCUUCGCGCUUUUCAACAUCCUCACGGGCGUUUUCGUGGAGCGCGCGGUCGCUGCUGCCCUGCCGGACCGAGAGGAGCUGAUCGCGCAGGAACGGAAGAAGAUCCUGAAGCAGGUGGAGGACUUGCGGGCACUCUUCAAAGCUUUGGAUUCGGACCGCUCCGGGAAAAUCUCCAAAGCAGAGUUCUUGGCGGACAUGGAGGAUGACAGGAUUGUGUCCUACAUGCACACAUUGGGUCUGGACAUGCAUGAUGCCGAGCACUUCUUCGACCUGCUGGCGAAUGACAGAAACCAACAGGAAGUCGACAUUGACACCUUCAUCGAGCACUGCAUGAGUAUGAAAGGAACGGCUACCGCCAUGGAUCUGCAUAAGCAGAUGGUCCAGGCGGAGACAGAUGUUUUCAAGCUGGAGCGAAAGAACAUGAGGGCAUCGGCAUUCGCCAUAGCAGUGGUCAUGUAUCCGGAGAACAAGACCGACCGCCACAGCCACGAUCAUGAAUCGCAUUGCCCCUAUGCCAUCCUGGGAGUUGCUCAAAACGCAAGCACCGAGGACAUCAAGCGUGCCUUCAAGGAGAGGGCGAAAAUCACGCAUCCGGAUGUCGUGAAGGGCAGGGACAAGCAUUUCCGAGAAAUGGUCGAUGCCUAUCGGGUCCUCAGGGACCCAAGGAAGCGCGCAGAGCAGCCUGGCCAUGUCGCGAAGCAACGGGGCGAGCCUGAUCUCAGCGACGGGUGGCCCCGUGGCGAAGGCCAGGGCCUUUCCGAAGCGGCCCGCGCGAAGCUCUACAACUAUCCGGUGGGCGGUGCAGGGCCCCGCUCCCGAAGCCAACACAGAUACAGUGGGCAAGGCACAGCAGGCAUGCAAGGUUCUAGCACGCUGCAGGAAGUCGCGCCGAUGUUCUUCUUUGCCCUCUUGGGCUGCCUCUUCGCCUACAAGCACUACCAAGCCAACGACGAGAGCAAGUUGCGUCCCGAGCUCUACUCUAUGCGCGCACCG